AUGGAACACAAAAUUCUCAGUUGGAAUAUCAGGGGUUUAGGGAAGGAUAAUAAAUUAGUUGCUAUAAGGAAUGCAAUAAGAAAGAAUAACCCUAAUAUCGUUAGAAUUCAAGAAACAAAGAGAGAAAUUGUUGAUGAUGCUUUAAUUCGAUCUCUUUGGGGUAGUAAUAGGUGCACUUACGUUUACUUGGCAUCUGAGGGUGCUUCAGGUGGGAUUAUUGUGAUGUGGAAGGAGGGGGUUGUGCAGAUGGAGGAUCAUUUACUUGGAGCUUUUACUAUCAUCAAGUUCAGAAAUCUCACAGAUGAUUUUGUUUGGGUGUUCACUGUUGUUUAUGGUACAUCGGAUGCUGGGUAUUAUAGCCAAUUUUGGCAAGAGCUGAGAGAUAUUAGAUUGAUUUUCGAUGAGCCGUGGAUGCUUGGAGGUGAUUUUAAUGCCACUUUGAGUGCAGAUGAAAGAAACAGGCCUGGUGGUGGUUUGGCUAACAGGAAAUCUUUCAGAUCUUUUGUCAAUAGAUAUUCUCUAAUUGACUUACCCUUGUCAGGUGGGAGAUUCACGUGGACGAACUCUCAACAACCACCUCUGUUAAUCAGGCUGGACAGAUUUCUGCUAUCUCCUGAGUUCAAUUCCCAUUGUCCUGCUCCAAUUCAAAUGAGACUAAACAGACCUAUCUCGGAUCAUGCACAAAUUAUGCUUUGCUGCAAUUCAGGUGACAAGGUUAAAUCACCAUUCAGGUUGGACAAUUUCAUCUUAUCUCAUCCAGAUUUUUUGGGAAAUCUAAAAAUUUGGUGGGAUAUUCUUAUUUUUACUGAAACAAAUUUUGGUAAUUUAAAAUCUCAGAUAGACAAUUUAGAACUCAGUAUAGAUGUGCUUGACAAUCUAGAAGAGAUUUCUGGUUUGACUGAUGAUGAUGUGGUGGCAAAGGAACAAGCUAAACUUCAACAUACGUCUUUGUCGCUAUCUUUAGCUAGGAAACUCAGUCAAAGGGCGAAGGAAAGAUGGGAUAAAGAUGGAUAA